GCGCGACAUUAAUUAGUUGUUGUUUUUAGUUAGUUUGUUAGGGUCGACAUUUGUGCGCUUUGUACAUAAUUAAUUGGAGAAAGUAAAAUGCAAAGCAUUGGAUGGACGUUAAUUGUGAAACGUGGCUGCUUUUGCAGCAAAGAAAGGCUCAACAUCAAUGGUUCCCGCUAUACCGUCCGAGAACGCCUGGCACAGGGGGGCUUUAGUUUAAUUGACCUGGCGGAGAAUGUGGCAACGCGGCGCUGCUAUGCGAUAAAGCGAGUCACUUGCCACAGCAUCGAGGAUCAGAAUAUUGCCCUGCGUGAAAUCGAAAACUGUCGCAAAAUUGACUCGGAACAUGUCAUUCGAGUCGUUGAUUACGAACUGGUCGGCCAGGCGGACAUUGUGAUAAACACAACGAGCACGUUGUUCAUUGUACUGCCUUACUACAAGCAUGGCUCGCUGUCGGAUCACCUGCAGCUGCGCGCUCGCAAACAGGAUCAUAUGCCCGAGGCGCAGAUCCUGCAAAUCUUUUUGGGCAUCUGUGAGGGUCUACGUGCAAUACAUGAAACGAAGCCAGUGCCGAUGGCUCAUCGUGAUCUGAAAACUGCCAAUAUAUGUUUAUCCGACUCAUUUGAGCCCAUCAUUGUGGACCUCGGCUCGAUGACGGAGGCGCGUCUGCAAAUUUGCGGCCAAUCGGAUGCACAGCGGCUCCAAGACGAGGCCGAGGAGCGCAGCUCAAUUGUCUAUCGGGCGCCCGAACUGUUUACUGUGAAAACAUAUUGCACCAUUGACGAGCGCACGGAUAUAUGGAGUCUCGGUUGUGUUCUGUAUGCAAUGUGCUACUUUAACAGUCCAUUCGAUCCCAUCUAUGAGCGUGGUGACAGCGUCGCCUUGGCCGUGCUCAGUGGCAAUGUAAACAUUCCUGAAGAUUCCAUUUAUACAGAGGAUAUGCAUGAGCUAAUAAAGUACAUGCUGCGCAUCGAUCCCAUGGAGCGACCGUUCAUCUACAGCGUUAUCGAGCAAACGCACGAUCUUAUACAGAAGUUGGAAGGACGCGUUUAGCGAAUUCCGGUUCAAUCCUAGUACACCGCUAUACAUAAUUGUUUUGGACUACGUUUUAUUGUAAUAUAUAUAAAUGUGUGCGUAUUUUGUAAAAGUAACAUUUAAUGAAAAUAGAUUUUAAGCUAAUGCUCA